AUGAAAACGUACAAGCAAAACCCCUCUCGUAACUUGGCCCUGAUCAAUGGUCGUGAGCUGUCUUUGAGGAAUGUCGCGAUGGGUUGUUACUUGGACAAUGAUGCGAAGACUUGUGGUUCCAAGGUGAGGGAAUGGUUUAGUCGUUUUGGUCAAAAAAUGUACUUUAACGCCAACCGUGAGUAUGGUAGUGCUGCAUACAUCGCCGGUAAGAGAGUCGCUUUUAACAUGGUGGCUGUCUUUGAUCUCGAUCUUGGCGAAGGUGGGAAGCGUCGUUUACUUGGAAAGGUUGUGCUGAAACGCGGUGAUCUCGUCGAACUGGAGGUUUAUACACUUGUUCAAAAACCAGUGCAAGUGCUUUCUGACAACGCAAGCAUCUUCACAAACUACCAGGUGGACGAUGGUGGCAAUCUUGUCGCGGUCAAAUCGGACGAAACUCUAAGUACGCUGGUGUUCAAGCUGGUUGCUGUUGAUCUAUUGGACAUGUCGCAUUCAACUGUGAUAAAUGAUGUUCAAUACUCAAUAAUUAACAGGUGUAAGUUUGGUACUCUUUGGUGGUUCCAUAAUACGGACAGAAAUUUCGAAAUGUUGAAAAACGAUUCUCAAGAUUAA